AUUCUGUCUACUUUUUAUUUCCUGCAAACCUCCACACCAUCAUUCCUUAAUAGCACCACCAUUCUCCUUAACGCCUCUCCCUGCCUCCUUCCAUUGGCUUCUCUGUAUCGCCCUUCUGCAUCAGAUGAUCAUAUAGAAUCACAAUCAUGGGAACUCCUGUAAACAUCAUAGUCGGAUCACAUGUGUGGGCAGAAGAUCCUGAAGCCGCAUGGAUCGAUGGUGAAGUAAUAGAAAUCAAAGGCACAAAUGCCACCAUAGUUACCACAAAUGGAAGAACUAUAACUGCGGAUAUCUCAAGCGUAUACCCAAAAGACACAGAAGCGCCACCAGCAGGGGUUGAUGACAUGACCAAGUUAGCUUACCUCCACGAGCCAGGAGUUCUUUGCAAUCUCGCUUCCCGGUUUGCUCUCAAUGAGAUAUAUACUUACACCGGGAAUAUUCUAAUAGCAGUCAAUCCCUUCCGGAGACUGCCACACUUGUAUGACAUCCACAUGAUGGAACAAUAUAAAGGGGCUGCUUUUGGUGAGCUAAGUCCCCAUCUUUUUGCUGUUGCAGAUGCCUGUUACAGGGCAAUGAUAAAUGAGCAUGGAAGUCAAUCCAUCUUGGUGAGUGGAGAGAGUGGGGCUGGUAAGACAGAGACAACUAAGAUGCUUAUGAGAUACCUUGCAUUCAUGGGUGGCAGAUCUUGUACUGAAGGAAGAACAGUUGAACAACAAGUUUUGGAGUCCAACCCAGUCUUGGAAGCAUUUGGGAAUGCCAAAACAGUGAAAAACAACAACUCCAGUCGUUUUGGUAAAUUUGUAGAGAUCCAAUUUGAUAAGCACGGAAAGAUCUCUGGUGCGGCAGUUCGGACAUAUCUUCUUGAGAGAUCACGUGUUUGCCAAGUAUCUGACCCAGAGCGGAAUUAUCAUUGCUUUUACAUGCUCUGUGCAGCACCAGCUGAGGAUGUCAAGAAAUUCAAACUAGGAGAUCCAAGGACAUUUCACUAUCUAAAUCAAACUAAUUGCUAUGAAGUUGCAAAUGUAGAUGAUGCAAGGGAAUAUCUGGAGACCAGAAAUGCCAUGGAUGUGGUAGGAAUCUGCCCGGAGGAGCAGGAUGCUAUAUUUCGUGUGGUAGCUGCAAUACUCCAUCUAGGAAACAUAGAAUUCAUCAAAGGAAAUGAGAUGGAUUCUUCAAAACUGAAAGAUGAGAAAUCAUGCUAUCAUCUUCAAACAGCAGCAGAGCUACUCAUGUGUGACGAGAAGGCACUAGAAGACUCACUUUGCAAGCGUGUGAUAGUAACUCCUGAUGGAAACAUUACAAAACCACUAGAUCCUGCUUCAGCUGCCACAAGUCGGGAUGCCCUAGCAAAGACAAUAUAUUCCAGACUUUUUGAUUGGAUUGUAGACAAGAUAAACAAUUCAAUUGGCCAGGACCCUGAUGCAAAGAGUAUAAUUGGAGUUCUUGAUAUUUAUGGUUUUGAGAGUUUCAAGAUCAACAGUUUUGAGCAACUAUGCAUCAAUCUAACAAAUGAGAAGUUGCAACAGCAUUUCAAUCAGCAUGUAUUCAAGAUGGAGCAAGAGGAGUACACACGAGAGGAAAUUGACUGGAGUUACGUAGAAUUUGUGGAUAAUCAAGAUGUUCUGGAUCUUAUUGAGAAGAAACCAGGAGGUAUAAUUGCCCUUCUUGAUGAAGCCUGUAUGUUUCCCAAGUCAACCCAUGAGACAUUUGCACAAAAGAUGUACCAGACAUAUAAGGGUCAUAAACGGUUUAGCAAGCCAAAACUUGCUCGAACAGACUUCACAAUUAACCAUUAUGCUGGCGAUGUUGUUUACCAAGCUGAUCAAUUCCUCGAUAAAAACAAGGAUUAUGUCGUAGCAGAACAUCAAGCUCUAUUAAAUGCCUCCAAGUGCAGUUUUGUUGCAAAUCUCUUUCCUCCAUUACCAGAGGAAACAUCUAAGCAGUCCAAGUUCUCAUCUAUUGGUACCCGCUUCAAGCAACAACUCCAAGCUUUAAUGGAAACCCUGAGCACAACGGAGCCCCACUACAUCAGAUGUGUGAAGCCGAAUACAGUUUUAAAACCCGGAAUCUUUGAGAACUACAAUGUCUUGAAUCAGUUAAGAUGUGGGGGUGUACUAGAGGCAAUAAGGAUAAGUUGUGCUGGAUAUCCAACAAAAAGAACAUUCGACGAGUUCCUUGACCGCUUUGGGAUGUUAGCUCCAGAUGUUCUGGAUGGAUCUGACGAGAAAUCAGCAUGCAUUGCCAUCUGUGACAGGAUGGGCUUAAAGGGCUAUCAGAUUGGGAAAACUAAGGUGUUUCUCAGAGCUGGACAAAUGGCCGAGUUAGAUGCUCGAAGAACUGAAGUUCUGGCUAAUGCUGCAAGGCACAUCCAAAGACAAAUCCGUACAUAUCUCACCCGAAAAGAGUUCAUCACCUUAAGAGGUGCUACAAUUCAUAUGCAGAAACUCUGGAGAGCACAACUUGCACGCAAGCUAUAUGAAUAUAUGAGAAAGGAAGCUGCUUCAAUCCGUGUACAGAAACAUGUACGUGCUCACGCAGCAAGAAAAUCUUACACAAACUCACAAGCAUCAGCAAUAGCAAUUCAAACUGGAUUACGAGCAAUGACAGCUCGAAAUGAGUACAGGCACAGAAGAAGAAACAAGGCCGCAACUUUAGUUCAGACUCAAUGGCGACGGUACCAUGCACUUACUGCAUAUAAACAGCACAAGAAAGCAACACUUGCACUUCAGUGUCUAUGGAGAUCCAGAGUUGCAAGAAGGGAGCUCAGAAAGCUCAGAAUGGAAGCAAGAGAAACAGGAGCACUUAAGGAAGCCAAGGACAAGCUGGAGAAGCGUGUUGAAGAGCUAACCUGGAGACUAGAAUUUGAAAAGCACUUGAGGGUUGAUCUCGAAGAAGCAAAAGGACAAGAAAUUGCAAAGCUACAAAGUGCCUUCCAGGAUAUGCAAGGGAAACUGGAUGAAGCUCAUGCUGCAAUCAUUCGAGAGAAAGAAGCAGCAAAGUUGGCAAUUGAGCAAGCUCCCCCAGUCAUCAAAGAAGUACCAGUUGUUGACAACGGCAAGGUGGAGGAACUGACACUUCAUAAUGAGGAACAGGAGGGUGAAAUAAGAGAGCUAAAGAAGAGGGUUGAGGAAUUUGAGCAGAAAUAUUAUCAAGUUGAAAAUGAGAGCAAGACAAGACUAAAAGAGGGAGAAGAUUCACAGCGUAAAGUUAUAGAGCUUCAAGAAAUUAUUGAAAGAUUAGAAUUGAACUUGUCCACCCUUGAGUCUGAGAACCAGGUUCUACGUCAGCAAGCUUUGGUUGCAUCAACAAAUGAGGAUCUCUCCAACGAAAUGACAAUCCUCAAGAGCAAGAUUGGAGAACUGGAAUCAGAAAAUGAACUGCUCCGCAGCCAAAAAGUUAUUGUGGAGCAAAUAGCUAGUCCCAAACAGGUGCAACUGCAAUCCAGGUGUUUUGACAAUGGGCAUCACAAAGAGGAGCAUUACCAACCAACUAAAGCAGAGAAUGAAACAGCAAAAGAACCAGAGCCUCUCCUUCUUCCCAUCCUAACAAGACAAAGAUCCACAACAGAUAGACAGCAGGAAAAUCAAGACGUACUAAUAAAGUGCCUCAUAGAAGACAAGCGCUUUGACAAUAGCAGACCUGUUGCUGCCUGUAUAGUAUACAGAGCACUUCUCCAUUGGAGAUCUUUUGAAGCAGAGAAGACAAAUAUAUUCGAUAGGAUUAUCCACAUGAUCCGGUCAUCAAUAGAGAAUCAGGAUAACAUCAAAGAUCUGGCAUAUUGGCUCUCAACAACUUCCACCCUUUUAUUUCUUCUACAAAACACAAUCAAAGCCAGCAAUGCACCUAACAUGACUUCACAUCGUAAUCGAACCUCACCCACAACUUUGUUUGGUAGAAUGGCACAAGGGUUUCGCAUAUCAUCAAUGGGAAUGGGAACUUCAAGCGGUUACAGUGGAAUGGAAGGAAAGCCAACAAUACGGUCAAGAAUAGAAGCUAAAUAUCCAGCCCUUCUUUUUAAGCAACAUCUGACUGCUUGUGUUGAGAAAAUAUAUGGUAUGAUCCGUGAUAGCUUAAAGAAAGAGAUCAGCCCAUUCUUGAACUUAUGUAUUCAGCAGGCACCAAGAAUGACAAGGGCGAAAGCAAUUAGAGCGUCAUCUAAAAGUAUUCAUUCAAGUAUAGUAGCAAAACAACAGGCAUCAAACAUACACUGGCAAAGUAUUGUGAACAACUUGGAUCAUACCUUGACCAUCCUGUCAGAAAACCAUGUUCCCUGCUUAAUCCUAAAGAAACUUUUCAGUCAGGUAUUCUCAUUCAUAAAUGUCCAGCUUUUCAACAGUUUAUUGCUUCGUCGUGAGUGCUGUUCAUUCAGCAAUGGAGAAUAUGUAAAGCUUGGUUUGCAAGAACUGGAACACUGGUGCACUAAAGCAACAGAUCAGUUUGCUGGAUCAUCAUGGGAUGAACUCCAACACAUAAGACAAGCUGUAGGAUUUCUGGUUUUGCAUCAAAAGUCUCAAAAAUCAUUAGACGAGAUUACAAAUGAACUCUGUCCGAUGUUGAGCAUUCCACAAAUUUACCGCAUUGGAACAAUGUUUUGGGAUGACAAAUACGGAACUCAAGGAUUAUCAUCAGAGGUGAUUGGCAAGAUGAGAGCAUUAAUGGCAGAAGAGUCAAUCAGCAUGCCAAAUAACUCCUUCCUGCUUGAUGUGGAUUCCAGCAUACCUUUCACUCUGGAAGAGAUGUCCAGAUCCUUCCUCGACAUGAGCAUAUCAAAUGUGGAUCCACCACCCCUCCUCCGUCAAAGAUCGGACUUUAAUUUCCUGUUGCAGCCUACAGAUUGAGAGUUUACUUUUUAUGUUCUAAGUUUUACACAGAGAGGGGAAAAAGGGAAAUGUUACUGUAGUUAAUUGAUUGUAAUUGCAAUUUUGUUUUUUUUUUUCUUUUUUCUCUUUCUGGGUGAGAGGGUAAGUAAAUGAGUUAUCGGAAUGUAAUUUUUUCAACCUUUUAUUCUUCCUUUUCUUUUACCUCCAUCAGGAUUCACCAAAUUAUUUGGUCAUUCGUGGUGCAUUUGGGAUUGGAUUGUUGACAUGAUUGCUGUAGAGAGGACAUAAUCGAUAAAGUUGAAUAUAAGCAAGAAGAAAUU